AAAUCAUGUUUUCUUGCGGGCAAAUUACUACAAUAUACACUCUGUCCACAUUGCAAAAACACCACAAAAAAACUCAGAACGACUACAAAAUGACUAUCAAGAGAUAUAACAUUACAUUAAAGACAUGCAAACUUUCUAAAAUAAAAAACGAAGGAAGGAAGGAGAGACAGAAAAUGAUUAGACACAAAAUAUAAUUAAGGGAUAUAAAGGGAGAUGUAGGCUAAAGUGGCUGAAGAGAUGCAAAAAUUCCACAAGGAGAUGCUAGAGAGUCCAAAAACCAUUUCAAAAGACAAAAGAUGAGCACAAUGAGACAAACCUAAUAAAAACUUAAUGUAAAAUCACCACAAACCACUGCAAAUCUCAAGAAAAAAGACAAUUAAUAUACUUGUGUGUGGUCAGUUUGAUAGAAGGGGGUUUUAACAAAUUGAUUCCUGGGGCAGGUGGAUUAAAUCUGUAAUUAUAUAACACUAAAUCUACAAGUAAUUUCUUGCAAACACAAUGGAAGUUAGAGAAAACAGAAUUCAGUUAGUGUAUUUAGUGUUUCUGAGUUAUGAGGUGAGCCUUCAUCUCCAGUUACAAACAACACAUUUUCAUAAAAGUUUGACUUAAAACUGACUUCGUAAAGUAAACGAGAAAGUCACAAAGUGUUUAAAUCAAACUUAGCUUGUAUUCAUAAUACCCCGAUUAAGGUAACUGCAUGAAUUCAUUUGGGCAAAGGGAAUAAGUCAGUUGUCAUCACUGCACUGCUGCCACCACCACGUGAUCGCGCACGUACUGUUAAAGUGGGGGGUUACGUGCGCGCGUACAAAAAGCCCGAUUCACAAAAGCAUCAAAUCUCCAGUGAGUAGGGCACAAAGUUGUGCACACAGGCUUCAGCAGGCGGUCACAAAAGCGUUACUAGAGAUACUUUGAAGAGAGACUUGAGCAGGAGCUGAAGCCCACCAGGACGCAAGGGGAACCGAGAACCCGCAGCGGCUUACCGGGAUGGUGCGCCUGUUGAGCUGCCUACUGCUGGGAUAUCUGACCUGGAAUCUGAGGAUAUCGGACGCUCUGGGAGAGUACUGCCACGGCUGGCUGGACGCUAAUGGGAAUUAUCACGAGGGCUUCCAGUGUCCAGAGGACUUUGACACUAUGGACGCCACCGUGUGCUGCGGGUCCUGCUCGCUUCGUUACUGCUGCGCGGCCGCGGACGCAAGACUGGACCAGGGGAUCUGCACCAACGACAGGGAGAUGGAUAACACAGAGUUCGCAGCGCAACCUGUCUAUGUUCCCUUCCUGAUGGUGGGAAGCAUCUUCAUCGCCUUUGUUGUGGUUGGCUCACUGGUUGCUGUUUACUGCUGCACAUGUCUGCGGCCGAAGCAGCCCACCCAGCAGCCCAUUCGCUUCUCCCUGCGCAGUUGCCAGGGCGAAACUAUCCCCAUGAUCCUCACAACCGCUCCACCGAGUCUGCGUGCCCCAUCGCGACAGUCGAGCACGGCCACCACCAGCUCCAGUUCAGCCGGUGGGGGCAGCUCCAUGCGGAGGUUUUCUCUUGGUGCUCAAGGGCAGCAGCAGCAGCACAGCUGCCUGGUGUCUGCCACAGUCUCCUCCUCAGCCUCCACUCCCACUCAGACUCCACUGACUCUACCUCCACCACCACCUCCUCCUUACACAUCUCCACCUGCACCUAUGGCAGGAAGCAUCCAGCACCAGCUGACCUCUACUCAUGCCCAACUGCAACUCCAACAGCCCUCGCACCCUUCUCAGAGCACCAGCUUUCUCCUGCCACAGCAGUACUUCUUCCCCCUGCAGCCCGAAGCCUUCACAGCGGCUAAGGGCUAUACUGACUUUGGCCAGAGCUGACAGGGCUCCCAGCAGGGAAAAUGGAGGGAUUACAAGAAUUUUAGAGGGUAGGAUGUAAGCCGGAGAGGACAAACACACAGCAGCACAGCUGGUGGCGUAAAGAGGUUCAGCCAGGGUGACUGGGCACAAAGAGCAACAGGAGGGUGAGGCAGAAAGCAUGACAAAACUGUCAGAAUUGAACAGUAUGGGGGAGCUUCCCAGCACAGGAGACAACUACAGACCUGUCAGGAGCCAUAUCGGAAUUUUAUGCACUUUUUAAACUGCAAGCAGAUCUCCGUGGUAUAUAUACAUACAUAAUUUGUUGUUGCUGUCUUUGGUGGAAAUUCAAAGUUUUUUCAUCUUCCUUUUAAAAGAGGUGAGACUGUCCUGAGCAUUGUCAUUUUAUAGAAGUAUAUCAGACAGCAGAAACCAGGGAGUUCUGUUUUCUGACAAUCAGAUUGACUUCUUAAAGAUGAGAAUGUUUUCUUUUUGACAAAAUGUGGCCUUCUGUGAGAUUUUAUACACGAAUUUUACUCAAUGUCGUGAUGCUGAUUUCCUAAUUUACGACAAAUAAAAGUUGACUUUUAACUUCUGA